GUGUACAAAGCCACUAAACAAAUCCUAGUGGUGAUUCAACUUUGGUGUUCCAAAUUCCACUCCCUUAUAUUCAUAUUAUUACCUCAUAAAAAUUCUCUUGUGGCAGCAAGAAAUUUACAAUUACAUUAACUCAAACAAAAACGCCUAGUCCAUAUGAUAUCUUAUUCUUACGUAAUGGAGAGCAUGAAAUAUUGGCUAAUAGAGCACCCUGCCAUGGUCUCUUUCCGGUGGAGUCCCACCCAAUCAUACGGCGGCACGUGGUGGUUCCUAAUCUCCGCCACCAGCUUUUACGUCGCGGCCGCCGUAACCCUUCACCUACUCCUCAAAUUUUUCCGUCGCCGCCGCGCCGUGCCGUUGGGUCCCAUCCCCGCCCUCCACAGCCUCGCCAUGUCGUUGAUCUCCGCCGCCAUAUUCACCGGCAUGUUCUUCUCCGCCGAAGCCGAAGCCCGCGACACGCGGUGGCUGUGGCGGCGCUCCCGAACCACCUCGUUUGAGUGGCUGCUCUGUUUCCCACUCGGCACUCGCCCUUCUGGUCGUGUCUUUUUCUGGUCCUACGUUUUCUACCUCUCACGCUUCCUCCACCUGCUUCGCACCUUCUUCGUCGUUUUGCGUCACCGAAGGUUGUCGUUUUUCAGGCUGUUCAACAACUCCGUCCUUUUAAUCAUGUCGUUUCUGUGGCUCGAGUUUUCGCAGUCGCUUCAGGUGCUGGCGAUUCUUUUUUACACGGCGGUUUAUUCCGUCGUUUACGCGUUUCGGUUCUGGACGGAAAUCGGGUUGCCUACCAAAACGCCGUUAGCGUUGUCGUUCACCGCGAAUUUUCAGAUAGUGCUGUUGGGUUUUAACUUAAUGUGCCACGUUGGAGUGCUCUCGUUGCAUUACUUGAGAGGAGGGUGUAAUGGAAUCGGGGCUUGGGUUUUUAACUCCGUGUUGAACGCUGCUUUUCUCGUUCAGUUCUUGAAGUCCUAUGUGAAAACGCAUUGUCAUAGCCAAAGUAUUGUUGCUUGCUCUUCUUCCAAACGCGAGGUGUCCAUGCAUGCAAGCAAGACAUAAUAGCAACUUAAUCUAGCGCCAGAGUUAUUGAGGUUUUUGGUAUUUGAGGACUGUAAGCUUCAUCUGUUUAACCCUUUUUUUUUAUGCCUAUUAUAUUAUAUAUGUCCUCCUUUAGUUUUAUUAGGUUCCUUAAUCUUUGUGUACGUCAAAUGUAAUGACUGUCUAUGGAUGGAUGGAUACAGAACUUGUAAAGCUUUCAUUGACAACUUCAAAAUUGAAAUUGUGCAGUUAAAAAAAUAAACUCCAACAUGAAUUUCGUUGUA